AUGGAGACACGGGCGGGUCAAUACUUCGGAGACGCGUUUAGCAGCAUUGACGGCGGCGUUUACGCAAUGGAAUGGGCUUCUGACGGCAUAUCGGCCUGGCUUUUCUCUGGUCACGGAAUCCCCGAAGGCACAACGUCUGGUAGCCCAAAUCCCGCAGCUUGGGGCGUGCCGCUUGCGCGUUUUGCCGGAGGGAACGGCAGCAAUAUAGACUCAUAUUUUCGUGACAAUGGCAGCAAUAUUGACUCAUAUUUUCGUGACAACAUUGUGUUUGACACUACUUUCUGUGGUGACUGGACUGGUAACCCUUCCGUGUGGGAUUCCAAUGUGAUGUGCUUGGCAUGUAUCAGGGCUCCCAUGUGUGUAAUAUAUGGCUCAUAG